AUGAGUUUCCGCAAUGUCAUGAAGGAUGGAUGGCACCCGAAGGGCAAAGAUGGAGGGAAAGAGUCGUGGAGAGGAGACUUCAAGGGAAUCAACCAAGUGGCAGGAUGGAUGGGCAAAACCAGAGAUCCCAGCAAAGAAGAUGCCGCGGAUCAUGUCUCCCGUCCUUUGUCGACUCUGAAAGAUCCCGCAUUGUUUGGGCCUCCCCCGAAAAAUGUCAACUAUCAUGGUGGUGCUGCACUUCCGCACGAGGUAACACCACAUACCAACGGCUGGGGCGCACCGUUGACGCCGGAGCAAAUUCAAACUGCGAAUCAAGUCGCUAGAGAUACUCCGCAAGAGGAAGAAGAACAAGACACCAGACCCUCCGGUCCACCUCUGCCGUACAGAGCAGACAGAACGGGCCUGAGGACGGAUCAUCUUCCACCCCCGCCCGUUCACCGGGACAUCACUAGAAGCCCCAGCACUACGGACACGCGACCGCCCAAACCAAAACCAGGUCUACCUCCAAGGCUCCCAUCCCGACAAAAUACAGGGGCUAGCAUUACACCACCACUUGCUACAGCAUCUCCGCCUCCACAACAUGCUCCGCCAGCAUAUGACUCGAUCCCUUCAAGCCAGCCAAGUUCCCAAGGGACCUCGAACUACGGAAUCAAUCAAGCAGCGGUUAAUAGACUUGGAACCGCCGGGGUGUCAGUGCCCGCCCUGGGAAUCAGCGCCAACCCGCCCUCAAACCCUUGGCAGAACGAACCGGCCCAGUCGAGACCGCAGCCGGCGACAAACCAACUCUCCGAACUCCAAUCCCGUUUUGCUCGCAUGAGUACAAGUAAUACUGGCCAGCAACAACCCACCACUCCUCCGAUUGUGUCGCCUACUCAAUCCCCUCCACCCGUCACAAGCCCUGUUUACCCGACUCUGUCACCGUCGCCCUCCCAAACACAACCUCAAAACCAAGGCUCGACGUGGGCCGAAAAGCAGGCGACUCUCCGCACUGCCCAGAAUAUUCACCGAGAUCCAUCGACCGUGAGCGUCUCCGAUGCCCGCUCUGCAGCCUCGUCUGCCAACGCCUUUCGCGAGCGACAUCAGGAUACCCUGAAUGCCGCAGGCCAAAAAGCGAGCCAGUGGAACAAGAAAUACAAUGUGACGGGCCGACUCAACUCGUUCUUGGAAAAGCAUAGCUCCCCUACGUCGGAGACUCCGCCGGCCGUGAAUACAUCCGUUCCAUCGCCCCAGUUGCAAGGCCAGACGCAAUCUCCGAGCCCUGAGAUCGUGGCCUCGAUAUCCCGGAAGCCGCCGCCGCCUCCGCCGCCGAAGAAACCGGCUGUCUUGCACGCGGCCGCUCACUCCCCUGCUCCUGCAGGGACUCCCUCGCCGCCACCUGUUCCACUAGGUACCAGGCCAAGUUAUAGUUAG